ACCUUAUAAGGAGUAUCACCUAAAAAACACUAAAACCCUAAAAACGUUAUCCCAUCUCCAAAUUUCGACAAUGGCAUUCUCUGCAAUUAUUCGAAGAUCCGCAAUCCCUAUCGCUUCUCGCGUAAUCGGAUCUCAAAUUCAAUCUCCGGCCGCCGUCAAACGCGCAGCCUUUUUUACUCAUUUUGUCCGCUCUACACUUUGUUCUUCUUUCCGCCGUUUCUCUUCGGACGUUGCUACUUCUUCUGAUAGAAAGCUACUUGAAGUUCUUCAAAGUGAAAUUAGCGUUGUUGAAGAGUCAGAGGAUUAUGAUAAGACCGUAGAGGCUCCCAGUGGCUUCCCUUUCAAAAUCAAGGACAAUGUAGGAGAGCAGACUGUUACUCUAACUAGAGAAUAUGAGGGUGAAACCAUAACGGUUGAAGUAUCUAUGCCGAGUCUUGUAACUGAUGAGGAUGAGGAAGAGUCGGGUAACGAGGAUGACGAGAAGUCAACAGCUUCAAGUGUACCACUUCUAGUAACUGUUGCCAAAAAGAAUGGACCAUCUCUGGAAUUUGAUUGCAUUGCUUAUCCUGAUGAAAUUUCUAUCAACAAUCUCGCACUUAAAAACCCUGAAUCAGACGAACAACUUGCAUACGAGGGCCCAGAUUUCAUGGAUUUGGAUGAAAAUCUGCAAAGAUCAUUUCACAAAUAUCUGGAGAUCAGGGGUAUUAAGCCAAGCACAACAAACUUUUUGCAUGAAUACAUGAUGGAGAAGGAUAACAAGGAGUAUUAUAGAUGGCUCAAGGACGUUAAGAAGUUUGUCGAGGCGUAAGUAUGGUCAUCGGACCUCUACUAGUCUACUUAAUGGAGAAAUAACCGAGUGAACUGUUCCAUUAGCGAGUUUUUUGUUGCAAUUUCAAAUUCAUUGUUGAUGGCACUAGCUGUAGUAUGCAUAAUUGAAGCAAGCUUAUUGAACACACUACUGUUUUGAAACAAUGAGGCUUAUUUCUAUAGUUGAGCAAUAACAGAAGAAUUUUGCUGAAAUACCUAUCUCAGCUUCUUGUAUUUGCUGCUUAUUGAAUCUUGGAUCAUGUUAUUGAAUUUAUCCUCUGUAUAAUUUGGGGUUAUGUUAAAACUGUUUUGUAACA